CUCCUUUAAGAGGAGCCUGAGCCCGGGCCAUCUUUGUUUCUCGCGCCCUCCCGCUGCGCCGGCGGAGCAAACAUGGCCCACGCUGUGCGGGCGCUGUGGCCCGGCGGGCUCGCUCUGACCUGGAGGCUGGGCGGUCGUCCCGCGCUGGGACUUCCCGCGCAGAGCCGGGCCGGCUUAACCGGGGCGGCGGGAGGCCCGGGCCCCGCCGCCACCACCCGCAAGGGGGGCCCACGGCUCCUGGGGGCGGCGGCGCUGGCCCUGGGAGGAGCCCUGGGGCUGUACCACACUGCACGGUGGCACCUGCGCGCCCAGAACCUCCGUGCCGACCGCUCAGCCGCGCAGCUCUCCCUGUCCAGCCGCCUGCAGCUGACUCUGUACCAGUACAAAACGUGUCCCUUCUGCAGCAAGGUCCGCGCCUUCCUCGACUUCCACGCCCUGCCCUACCAGGUGGUGGAGGUGAACCCUGUGCGCAGGGCCGAGAUCAAGUUCUCCUCCUACAGGAAGGUGCCCAUCCUGUUGGCCCAGGAAGGAGACAGCUUGCAACAACUGAACGACUCCUCUGUCAUCAUCAGUGCCCUCAAGACCUACCUGGUGUCGGGGCAGCCCCUCGAAGACAUCAUCACCUACUACCCACCCAUGAAGGCUGUGAACGACCAGGGCAAGGAGGUGACCGAAUUCUGCAACAAGUACUGGCUCAUGCUGGAUGAAAAGGAGGCCCAGCGGAUGUAUGGUGGGAAGGAGGCCAGGACGGAGGAGAUGAAGUGGCGGCAGUGGGCAGACGACUGGCUGGUGCACCUCAUCUCCCCCAAUGUGUACCGCACUCCGACUGAAGCCUUGGCCUCCUUUGACUACAUUGUCAAGGAGGGCAAUUUCGGGACCGUGGAGGGCGCCAUGGCCAAGUACAUGGGCGCAGCUGCCAUGUACUUCAUCAGCAAGCGGCUCAAGAGCAGGCACCGCCUCCAGGACGACGUGCGUGAGGAUCUCUACGAGGCUGCCAACAAGUGGGUGGCAGCUGUGGGCAAAGACCGGCCCUUCAUGGGGGGCCAGAGGCCGAACCUGGCUGAUCUGGCAGUGUAUGGUGUGCUGCGUGUGAUGGAGGGUCUGGAGGCCUUCGACGACCUGAUGCGUCACACUCACAUCCAGCCCUGGUACCUGCGGGUGGAGAAGGCCAUCGCUGAGGCCCCCCAGUGAACUGAGCAUCCCUGCCGGGAGGAGGGAGGGAACAGUGGAAGACACCGGCUGUGGGGGACCAGGGCCGCUGGGCCAGCACCUGCUGAUGCUGUGAUACAGUGCAGCAGGGGACAGGAUCAUUCGACCUCUUGCCCACCCACCCUAACUGCCCCCUCGCUUCUAACACUGGACGUCUGCUGGAGCCCUGGGGCACUGGGGGACAAAGCCCAGGCUCAGUUUCCAUUCACAAAUGUACCCCCGCCCCCCGGGGCAUGGAAGGCUACCUCCCUCACCAGCUGGACCCCCUCCUGGGCCUCCCUGCUCUUUAGCCUUCUCUGGGGCUCUCAAGGCUGCCGUGUUUACACCCCGUGGGUGGGAAUCAGGUUGGGCUCCUGCCCUGGGCAAGGGAAGUAGGGACCGUCCGGUUUGGGGAGGCCCCAUCCCUGGCUCCCCCUGGUUCCUGCUCUUCCCAGGUGUCCCCAGGACUGUGUGUCAUGUUCACAAUAAAGAAAAGGUUUGCUGCUCCCCGCGUGGCGGCACCAUAGUGGAGGUCCGCAGCCAGUAAA